AUGAGCAGAACCUACCCACAAUUUCGGAAGAAAACAGAAAAACGUGUGAGUAGUUCGGUGGCCGUCAAACCAGCCCCCUCCCCCCCCCCCCCCCUUUCCCCGGGGCUUCUGUCGCAGGGCUCCCCGCUGAGCUGGGAGGAGACGCAGAAGCACGCGGAGCACGUGCGCAAACACGGCAUCCUCCAGUUUUUGCACAUCUACCGAGCCGUGAGGGAGAGGCACAAGGACGUGCUCAAAUGGGGGGAUGAGGUUGAAUACAUGUUGGUAGCUUUUGACCAUGAGAAGAAGAGAGCUCGGUUGUCUUUAAUUGGAGAACAAGUUCUUCAUACUUUGCAAGAAAAGGGUGAAAGAGUAAAUCCUAAUCAUCCAACUCUGUGGAGGCCAGAAUAUGGAAGUUAUAUGAUUGAGGGGACUCCUGGACAGCCUUAUGGAGGAACAAUGUCUGAAUUUAACACUGUGCAAGACAAUAUGAAGAAACGGCGUCAGGAAGCUGCUUCUGUUCUGAAAGAAAAUGAAGCUCUCUGCACUGUCACAUCAUUCCCAAGAUUAGGAUGUCCAGGAUUUACGAUACCAGAGAGCUACCCAACACCUGUUGAGGCGGGAGUAUCUAAGUCUCUCUUCUUCCCAGAUGAAGCCAUUAACAAACAUCCCAGAUUUAGUACCUUAACAAGAAACAUUCGGCACAGAAGAGGAGAAAAAGUAGUGAUAAACGUACCAAUAUUUAAGGACAAGAAUACUCCGUCACCAUUCAUAGAAACAUUCCCUAAUGAUGAUGGUGAAGCAGCAAGAGCAGCCAAGCCUGACCAUGUAUAUAUGGAUGCCAUGGGGUUUGGAAUGGGCAAUUGCUGCCUUCAGGUAACAUUCCAAGCUUGCAGCAUUUCUGAAGCAAGAUACCUUUAUGAUCAGCUAGCUACCAUCUGCCCCAUUGUGAUGGCUCUAAGUGCUGCUGCUCCAUUCUACAGAGGCUAUGUGACUGAUAUAGAUUGCCGUUGGGGAGUAAUAUCUGCAUCAGUAGAUGAUAGGACACAAGAGGAGAGGGGAUUAGAGCCAUUGAAGAACAACCGUUACAGAAUCAAUAAAUCCAGAUACGAUUCCAUAGACAGUUACCUCUCUGAGUGUGGUGAAAAGUACAAUGACAUUGAUUUGACAAUAGAUAAAGAAAUCUAUGACGACUUAGUCAGUGCAGGCAUAGACCAUCUUUUGGCACAGCAUAUUGCUCACUUAUUUAUUCGAGAUCCAUUGACUUUAUUUGAAGAGAAAAUUCAUCUGGAUGAUGCCAAUGAAUCUGAUCAUUUUGAGAAUAUUCAGUCAACGAACUGGCAGACUAUGAGAUUUAAGCCACCACCUCCAAAUUCAGAUAUUGGAUGGAGAGUUGAGUUCAGACCAAUGGAGGUUCAGUUAACAGACUUUGAAAAUUCUGCGUAUGUUGUAUUUGUGGUGCUGCUGACCAGAGUCAUUCUUUCAUACAAACUGGACUUCCUGAUUCCUUUAUCCAAGGUGGAUGAAAACAUGAAAGAAGCUCAGAAACGGGAUGCCGUCCGGCAGGGCAUGUUUUAUUUCAGGAAAGAUAUCAGUAAAGGUGGCAAUCCUGUAGUCGAUGGAUGUGGCCCAGCUCAGAAUGGUACAGAAACAGAUGUGGAAGAGUAUACCUUAAUGAGCAUUGAUACGAUAAUCAAUGGCAAGGAAGGUGUGUUUCCUGGCUUAAUUCCUAUUUUAAACUCUUACCUUGAAAACAUGGAAGUGGAUGUGGAUACAAGAUGCAGCAUUCUGAAUUACUUAAAACUCAUAAAGAAGAGAGCAUCAGGAGAACUAAUGACAGCUGCUCGAUGGAUGCGAGAGUUCAUUGCGAACCACCCAGAUUACAAGCAAGAUAGUGUGAUCACAGAGGAAAUUAAUUACAGCCUGAUUUGGCGAUGCAAUCAGAUUGCACAAGAGCAAGUAGAGUGCCCUGAGCUGCUUGGAGUCUGCGCUAACAAAAUUAAAUAUACUGGGACUAAAACCGGUGCCUUUUGAUGGAAGGUUCUCAUCCAGGAUGGGAGGUGCAAAAUAUCCUCUGCUGAAGCACUAGCGACCGUACUGUGAAAUACUUGCAAAUCUCUUAGUGUGAAGACCCAAAACGGUUCUUCUGCAUUACACGAUGGGCCAAUCUCCCUGAAGUCUUUUAAAGCUUCCUAAAAUAGGCAUAUUCUUAUAUUUAAGGUUUAUACGGUGUACAUGUAAAUAGUAAAAUAUUUUUUGAUUUAACAUCAGCAGAUUUUAAUAACAGUAUACUGAAAGUCAUUGUGAACCAGCCUGUAACUUUUUUAUAUGCUUAUUCUGGGGUGGGGUAGGGGAAGGCACACAACUUUGUAAAGGUACUGUAAUGGCACUUGUAUAUUUCAGCAUUCCAGACUUUGACUGUUUGCUCUGAAUUUUGUUAUCUGGAAUGCACUAAAGAAUUUACUACAUUUUAAAGAAAAAAUUCAGUCCUUGAUUCACAUCCCCCCCCCACCGUGAGGAUCUGAUGCAGUUACAAUCUUAGUAUUGUCCCUCUCAGAUGUCUCAUAGGAAUUAGUUUUGCAGUCAAGCAGCCUGCUACAUGAACUUGGAUUUAAGUAGAUUUUCAUGUCUGCCAUCAAUGGGAUAGAAUUAUCUUGAAUUCAAAAAAUCUUCUAAUUGGCUAUGUUGGAUGAUAGACAGCAUAUUCCUGCACUUCUUGUUUUUGUCCUUGCUCUAAAUCUGUCAGCUUCGUUUUACCUGAUCAGCUCAAUGGCAUGAUGCUCCCUUAGGUGCAGGGAAAUGCAGUGACAUUUCAAGGGCAAAUAAUUCUUAAUGUCACCUCAUCCUUUUGUAGUCAAAACAUAUAAUGUUAACCUUUGUUAAGCAAUCAUGAAUCCAGUGGGCUUCCUCAGUCUUUUUUAUAGGGUUUUUUCCCCCUCAUGUAAAAGUCCAUGUCUCAUAUUUAACCAGUUAGAAAAUUCUUCCCUGAUUAUGGGAGGAACAGACAGGUAUAUUUCAAAUCCUCCACUGUACUGAUAAGACAAUAUAUAACCAUGGAGUCCACACCAAACCAAUAUAUAACCAUGGAGUCCACACCAGCCAGAACAAUAUAUUUUUUUCCCACACAAUAAAAAUUGAGAGCCUCUGUUCAGCUAAAUUUCUGACUGGGCCCAAGUCAACUUGAGUGUUGCACAAAAGUAAGAGACCAAACAAAAGCUGUAGGAGAACCAGCAGUGUGUACCAAUAGCAGAAAAGGAGGGUGAUAAAUUAGAAUUGAGAUAAUUUUUGUUUUUUCUUGUAACACAACGAAAUGUUCCCCUUAUUUCCUAGAAGCUACAUCUUCUCUAGUAUAUAACUGUUUCUAGAGGAAUCAUGGAGUUCACUAAUCCUUCUAUGAAUCAGGAGCCUGGAGUUUAAAGGAAUUGUAUAGAAUUUAAAAUAAUAACAAUUGCUGCGAUUGUACAUAUAACCCGAGGUUUAGGAGGCUUUUUAAUAUUAGCUGCCGAUAAAAGUAAGAGUGGCUUACUGUAUGAUAGAGUAUGAAAUCUGUAAUAACAAGCAUAUAUUAAUAUCUUAAGGUGUAAUGAUUUCUUACCAAAAAUGUUAAAAGUGCAGUAAAACUGUAUAACAGUAUGCCUUGCAGAGAUGAUAAUAGACUGUGCAGUGUUUUGUAGGUGUGCUUUAGGGGAAUGCUUGUUCCAGGUUGUAAAUGGAGUGGCAGCGGACCACUAAU